CCGUUCCAUAUGUGCAGAUCUGCAUGACAAUGUAAAACUAUUUACUAUGAUGUCAACAGACGAAGAUAUUAAAAGAAUUGCAAAGCCAUCACCAGAAGCCAAGUAUGUUUCAUAUGAAGUCAAACGGCUAGUCCAUUUAGAUAGCAGCAUAAAUCGAAUCACCAGUUCUGAUGAGCUAGCAACACUUACUGAAGCUGAAAMAUCACUCUAUUCAUCAAAUAUCUUACCUCAAAUUAAAGAGAUUAAAAAGUCUGCCGACUCAAUUAAAAUGCAGCUGGAAAGCAAUACAUGUAUGUAUGAUGAUAUUUUGCCACUUUACGCAUCACUUUCUAGAGUGUGCCUAAAGUUUCUUGACGUGAUGAAUGAUCUGGCAUUGCCAAUCAUAAAACCAMGCUGGUUUGAGAACUCUGAUGCUGGCCCUGGAGUGGGUGUCUCAAAUUUUGAAGUUAAAUUUAGAGAUGCGGAGCUUUCUAUGUUGUACGGUAGGGAUUAUUUAUGCCGUGUUCAUUCUGCAAGGGGUAAUUCUGGUGACAAUGAGGCUGAACGAACAAACAGUGCAGUGGRUGAUAGUAUUGUUGAUGGAGCAACAUUACAAUGGAAUAAAUUUCCAAAAUUCUACAACAUGAGUGAUGAAGAAAUUUCUCAACUGACUGUUCAUGACUAUGACAUUCAUGAGCAAGAGAGAAUGGAAAACAAUGCGUGGUGGGUUUCAAAAGAACUUGCCUACCGUAUAGAUGGGGCACCGGUGUUCAAUGAAUACAUCYACUCUUUUGUAACUGUAAAGCCUGAAGAGGCCUUUUUCUUCAAUAGAGAAUAUAUUACUCAAUUUAACAAGUCAAGUGGUGAAACUCAAGCAGAAAUCCCAGGAUAUCAUURUUGUGUCAAGAUUAUGAAGUUCAUAAACGACCACUAUCACGUUGGAGAGCUGUAUAUGGAGUUUAUAAAGGACGGAUGUAAAGAGAAGGAUGAAAGUAAACAUUGUGAUUGGUGCAAGGAAACUGGAUGGCGAGGUCCAAUGAUGUCAAGAGUCCCUGAACCUUGUCCUGACAAGGAUAACCAAGGCCAUUACAUGGAUGUUUUUAAGUCUUCAAAUAAGACUACCAAAGGUGAAAUAAGGCCUAUWGACGAAUUUGCCCCUCGAGCAAAUUUGAAGAAGUUGUUCGCAGAAGGAAAAAUAGCAAGUUAUGAYGACAAAGCAAUCGAUGAUUUCACUAAAAAAUACAUUGUAUCUAAAGAACAUGCCAAAGAAUAUGUCAAACAUUUAGAAGAGCUUAACACAGGUGCACUCAUUCGUGCCAGAGAGAAAGAAAGAAAGAAACUAUUAAAGCAGGCAAAGACAUAUUCAGAUUACAACUGGAAGGACUUAAGUGAUAAAGGAAAGCUUAUGUCUCUGACCAAACUAGAACUGAAACGUUACCUCACACACUACAAACUUUCAUCACAGGGUAAGAAAGUUGACUGGGCAAAGAGAAUCGAAAGUCACCUUGUUAUAUCAAGUACUUCUUGCCCUGCAAACACAACAAAUGUUAAUGCGUGCACUCCAAACACAGACAAUACCAGUGCUAUAGUACCAAGUGACACUGAUGAUUAUUCUGCUGAUGAAUACUGCAGCUCCGAGGACGAAGUACUAAAAUAUGGGCAAGACACAGAUGAUGAAGAUGAUGAAGUUUAUUUUAUACCACAAAGAAUCACAACUAGAUCAGGCCGAUCUGNAACUUAA